AUGACAAUGUCUUGGCAAAUACAAAGAGAUUUAGUUAAAUGGCAUAUGGGACCGUUAUUUCUCAGUAAUAAUAUUUAUACUAGAAUACUAAUAUUUGACCAUAACUGGGACAUUCAUGCAUAUCCGGAAAACAUUUUAAAGGACCAUGAUGCUGCCCAAUACAUUAGCGGUGUGGCUUGGCACUGCUAUGGAGGAGACAAAUCUGAGUCAGCAACAUUUCACAGCAAAUUUCCAAACGUUGAUAAUUACUUUACGGAAUGCUCCGGUUUUGCGAGCGCACCUCAUUUUAGUGAUAAUUUAGUAUGGAAUUUGGACGUUUUGUUUAUUCAUCAACCGACGGUCUGGGUUAAAUCAGUCGUUCUUUGGAAUAUAGCCCUUGACGACCAAUGGGGACCCCAAGUUCAGGUUUCUGGAUGUAAGAACUGUAGAGGAGUAAUCACUGUACCACGUGGAAGCAACGUUUACCGGAAGGAAGUAGAGUAUUACGUCAUCGGCCACCUAUCCAAAGUAGCCCAGACCCAAUCAAUGAGAAUAGACUCUACUGACAAUGUUGACGGUUUACGUUCAGUUGCGUUCGAAAAUCCUGACGGUACAAUUGCAGUGGUCAUACUAAAUAAGCAAGAUCAGACCAAAUCGUUUAAUGUAAAUAUUGAAGGCAAUAUUUAUCAUUUCUCCUUGAAUGGAAAGUCAGUUGUUUCGAUGUUAUAUUCCCCUUAA